AAAGAAGAAGAAGAAGAAAUGCCACAAGACCUGAAACAUCGGAUUCCAGAGUCAUUGCUCAUGUAGACAUGGGCUGCUUCUACGUUCAAGUGGAGCAAAGGAAAAAUCCGGAGUUAAGGGGCUUACCUAUGGCUGUGGUACAGUAUAACUCAUGGCAAGGUGGGCGUUUGAUUGCUGUCAGCUAUGAGGCCCAGAGAUGCGGUGUGAAACAUUCUAUGCGAGGUGCUGAAUCAAAGCAAGUCUGCCCACAAAUUCAGCUGGUCCAAGUCCCAGUAGCACGGGGUAAAGCUGACCUGAACUCAUACUGGAGUGCAGGUUCAGAGGUGGUUUCUAUUCUAUCAAGGAAGGGUCGAUGCGAAAGGGCUUCAAUUGACGAAGUGUAUCUUGACCUUACUGAUGCAGCAGAGACCAUGUUAGCUGAAGCUCCUCCAGAAAGGUUGGAAGCGAUUGAGGAGGAAGCUCUCAAGUCACAUGUUUUGGGGCUUGAUAACGAGGACAGAAGUGAAGCCAAAGAAAAUGUGAGGAGAUUGCUCUGCAAAAGCAAUGCUGAUCGCCGUGAUAAGCUGCUAGCUUGUGGGGCUCUCAUUGUUGCAGAACUUGGAUUGCUAGUGUUGAAGGAGACAGAAUUUACUUGUUCAGCUGGCAUUGCUCAUAAUAAGAUGCUGGCCAAACUUGCAAGUGGUAUGAAUAAACCCGCACAACAAACUGUUGUGCCAUUGUCAUCUGUGAAAGGAUUGCUAGAGUCCUUGCCGAUUAGGAAAAUGAAACAGCUUGGAGGAGAGCUGGGGAGUAGUUUACAAAGUGAUCUGGGUGUUAACACUGUUGGAGAUUUAUUGCAGUUUUCAGAGGAAAAGCUACAAGAACACUAUGGAAUCAAUACUGGUACCUGGUUAUGGAAUAUUGCAAGGGGGAUAAGUGGGGAAGAAGUUGAGGGGCGCCUUCUUCCGAAGAGCUAUGGUCCUGGGAAGACAUUUCCUGGACCUCAGGCUUUGAAGACGAUUUCUUCUUUAAGUAAUUCUCCCCAACACUAUACUUUUUGCAGUAAUUGGUCUAGGCCAUUAAGGGAUCUAAUCUCUUUAUAUCAAAUUCUAAUCAUUGAAACUUGUUCAGCACUGACUUGAUGAACUAUGUGAAGACCUAAAUAAACUUCUUCACUUGGAAUUGGACGAAAACAAAAGGAUUGCUCAUACGCUAGUGCUGCAUGCACUGCAUACAAGGCCAGUGAUUCAGAUUCACAGAAGAAGUUCCCUUCUAAGUCUUGUCUUCUAGGGUAUGGGGCUGCCAAGAUACAAGAGGAUGCUCUUAGUUCUUUCAAGCUGCGUUACGUGAAUACUUGGGUUUGUUCACAGCUAAAAUCCAAGGAAGUCAAAAUAACCAAUGGGGAAUAACAUCCCUCUUUGUUUCAGCAAGUAAAAUUGUUCCCUUACCAUCAGUAGGGAACAGCUUCAAUCACAAAAUACUUUCAUGGUCAACAGCCAUCCUCUUCCAGAAAGCAAUCACAGGAUAAUCUCAUAGAAGAAUCUUCUCCCCUGCCACCUUCAGGUAAUGAGAACUACUCGGAGGUGAAUGUAACUACGCCACAAAUCGAGUUCCCUUAUAAAGAAACUAGGAUCAAGUAUGCUGUGCCUAGUUUGCAUCAACUGGAAGACAAAAAGGAUUUGCUGAAUGAGCAGAAUCCAUGUUGCUCUCCAAAAAAUCCAAAAAAUCAGGCACAGGAUGAUUUCACCCAAGGAAGUUUACUAUCGUCAAUCUCAGGGACUGAACUCUGCUUAGGAGAGAAUCAAGGUCAACUAAUAAAAAAUGAUUCUCGUGAAGAACCUUGCCUUAAAGCUGCAAUGCCUGGUUUCAAUAGACAGGAGCAGAAAAGGAAAACAGUGAAAGUCAAGGUUCACAUACCCCUUUCCAUCAUAUCUUUAAUAAGUUUUUUGUGUGUGGUAUUUGCAAUGCUGUCAAAAGGAAAUACUAGAUGCUAAAAAUGUUAUACACCAAGAGAACGUCAUCUGAAUUUGAUUUUGCAUCAUUCAUGUUGUGAAUAUCGGGCAAUGAAAAAAAAGUAUUGUACCUCGAAAGGGUCUACCUUUGUUCUCCAUAUCACUGGCAAAACUUGGAACGUGCUAAUGUGAGCAUGCUUAUACUCCUAUCUCUUUUUCCUUCAUUGUUUCGCCUUAAUGAUGAAUUUUAGAUAAGAACAGCAAGUCAUGGGAAAAUUUUUAGAACUUUAAGAUCAAGUGUUAGGCCAAAUAAUCUCUCACAAUCUUGACUUCAAGGCCAACUGGGUCUAUUUUGGUAUUAGGCCAAAGCACACAUCAGGGAACAUCUUCAAUAUUGAGAUUCUUUAAGAACCAAGAUCCAUCUUGUGCACCCCGAAAGCUGGAACAUGUUGAAAAUACUGAAGAUAUUAGA